AUGAUCCACGUGGCUCGACGCGAGAAAAUCGCGCUGUAUUGCGUUUUCGGGAUCGGUGCUUUCGCUACGGCGAUAUCGUGUGUUCGGCUCCAGUCUAUCUAUGUAUUCACCUUCUCAAAGGACCCGUUCCACGACUCCAUACCGGUCAACCUCUGGUCGGUUAUCGAGGUCAAUAGCGCAAUCAUCUGUGCAACCAUCCCAUCGCUGAAGCCCCUCUUUCGAUUCCGGCGCCUGGUCGAGAUGGCAAAGAAAAACAGUAAUUACGAAUACCAUGGUAAUGAGCGGUCGGGAGAUCUGGAUGCGUCCGGUGAGGCAAAGAACGCAGCCAGACGCUGGAGCGACAAGGCUGUGGGCCGUGACCCCGUGCAGCCAGUGCGGGCCAGCAUCGACAGUGAGGGUUCGAUCGAGCUGCAAACAAUCUCUGAGGUGUAUCUACGAAUAUAA